GUUCAGUGUGGUGAUUUCCCUCAUCUGUUGGUGUAUGGACCAUCAGGAGCUGGAAAAAAGACAAGAAUAAUGUGUUUGUUAAGGGAAUUAUAUGGUGCAGGAGUGGAAAAACUGAGGAUUGAGCAUCAGAGUAUAACGGCACCUUCUAAAAAGAAAAUUGAAAUUAGCACCAUUGCAAGUAAUUAUCACCUUGAAGUUAACCCAAGUGAUGCAGGAAACAAUGACCGUGUAGUAAUUCAGGAACUCUUGAAGACAGUAGCACAAUCCCAACAGCUUGAGACAAGUACUCAACGAGACUUUAAAGUGGUGCUGUUAACAGAAGUUGACAAACUCACUAAAGAUGCUCAGCAUGCUUUGCGAAGAACAAUGGAGAAGUACAUGGCGACCUGCAGGUUGAUCCUGUGCUGCAACUCCAUGUCAAAAAUUAUAGGACCUAUUCAAAGCAGAUGCCUGGCUGUACGAGUGCCUGCUCCCAGCAUUGAAGAUAUCUGCCAUGUCUUGUCCAGCGUGUGUAAGAAAGAAGGCCUGACUCUUCCUCAGGAACUGGCUCAAAGGCUUGCAGAGAAAUCUGGUAGAAAUCUUCGGAAAGCAUUACUUAUGUGUGAGUCCUGCAGAGUACAACAGUAUCCUUUUACUGCUGAUCAAGACAUUCCUGAGAUGGACUGGGAAGUUUAUUUGAGAGAGACUGCAAAUGCUAUUGUCGGUCAACAGACACCACAAAGGCUGUUAGAGGUCCGUGGACGGCUUUAUGAACUCCUGACACACUGCAUUCCUCCUGAGAUUAUAAUGAAGGGCCUACUGACUGAACUUCUAAAUAACUGUGAUGGACAACUGAAGGGAGAAGUUGCACAGAUGGCAGCCUUCUAUGAACACCGCCUGCAACUGGGCAGCAAAGCCAUUUAUCAUCUGGAAGCAUUUGUUGCAAAGUUUAUGGCAAUUUACAAGAAGUUUAUGGAGGAUGGACUGGAUGACAUGAUGUUCUAACUCUGAUGCUUGAAGUCAUAUGCAGAAUGUUGUGUCAUGAUGCCAGUAAUGUUGCAAAUGUUGUCUACUUGUCCAUGCUUGAUUGCAUGUGGGUCUAGUUAAAAAUCAAAUAUUUUAUUUUGCUAUUAAUAUAAAACACAGUGAACUAAAGAACAAUGUUCAGUUUUAGAAACCAGAUGGAUGGUUUGACAGCCACAAAUCCAUCUUUAGAUCCUUACAAAAUACAUUAGCCUU